GGGAAGGGGGGGGGCGGCAGCCGCCAUCUUGGGCGCUGGGCGGCGAGCGGCGGAGGGUCAGCGGCAGCGGUGAUAUCAGUGCUGCGAGGAAACUCCUAGCCCUUUAAUGGCAGUGAUGAUCCCAGAGUAGCUGGUUCCUGAGCUUACUGCUGGUUGCUUCACAUUAUUCAUGCCCUGUCCUUGAUGACACAGGAACCUCCGUGAUGCUCACAGCUAAUCAGCCGCAGCACUGCUCCAAGACAUGGGCUUGUCUGCAGGUGUGCAGAAGUCCCCUUGGAUCUGUUGGUCAUGCUUCAGUGGUUUGCUCUGUCAGUGGCUGAGUGGAAGGUAAUUAAGCAGACCACAUAGCAAUCUCAUUUUCACACCUGUAGUGCCAAGCCUCUUUUUCUGGAGAGAUCUCACUGUAGUAAGAGUGGCAAAUUCACAGCUGGCUUAGUGAAAUACAUCAGUUCCUACAGCUGUCUUUUAACAUCAGUGGGCAAACACUUGCAUGGUCACAAAGCUACCAGGGCUUUCCAAAUUCUGAGGCUGCUGGUGCUUGGGUGGUAAUGUGAAACUGUAGCUGCAGUGUGAGAGCUGUCCUUGCUGUCAGGCUGCUCCUGAGCACUUACUCUUUGGCUACAGUGGUACCUCUGUGCCCUUUAAGUGGGGACUUAAGGGUUUUGCUGCACAGACCUACAUUGCAGUGGGCAGGCUGCUGACUGUGCUGGGGGGCAGCUCUGAGAAGCUGUUUUGGAGGGUUAUAGACAGCCACACUUUUUCCUGAAUGAAAAUUGCUAAUAUAUUCUCAGUUUUUAUGAUUGCUCCACUGCUUAUAAGCUGUGCUAUUGGCACAUUGCUAUUGAUAUGUUUCUUCCAGACAGCACCUCAUUCUUUUAGGGCUAGAACAAGCACCUCUUACCUGGUAGGAAUAUACCACUGUAGAAAACUGAGUAGCAGUUUGUUAUUUUUCCUGAGCAGUGAAUUUGGGCAGGUCAGCUGUUUAUGCUCAAUUCUGUGCAUGCAGUUGCAGAAGUCAGGCAACAAUGUUGUGAGGGCUGUCCUGCUGAUUGAAGCUGGUGCUGUUCUAAAUGGUGUUGCUUGGAAGGCUUGAGGUUAUGGGGCAUUAGUAUAGGAGCAAAUCACUCAUUUGAAUGCCUGUGUGCAUCCAGUGUUUAGGCUAAAAUUCAGUUUUCUUUCAUCCCUGAAGAACAGGCAACUGCAGAAAGGUGUUCUUCUGGUGUGGAUGCUGCAGUUAAUGCAUCAUGUCCUUGGGCAGCUCCCAGGCCAGCCACGUGUUGCAUCUCAGAAUUGAAGCUGCUGACAGCCUGGCAUCAGGACGCUGCUGCACCGAGCCUAGUUCCAAGUGCAUGGCACAAUAAGGAAAACAUUCAGCACUGAGAAAGACCAAAGUAUGGAGCAGCUUUCUUGUCAAGAGGAACUGAGUUAGGUCUUAACCAACAUGGGAAGAGAAGAUUAAAGUUCCAUCAUGAUCGGAGGCUUAUUCAUCUAUAAUCACAAAGGAGAGGUUUUAAUCUCUCGAGUCUACCGGGAUGACAUUGGCAAUAGGCGGAAUGCCGUGGAUGCCUUCCGCGUCAAUGUCAUCCACGCACGGCAGCAGGUCCGCUCGCCUGUCACCAACAUCGCCCGCACAAGUUUCUUCCAUGUCAAGCGUUCCAACAUCUGGCUGGCUGCUGUCACCAAGCAGAAUGUCAACGCUGCCAUGGUGUUUGAGUUUCUUUACAAGAUGUGUGACGUGAUGACUGCUUACUUCGGAAAGAUCAGUGAAGAAAACAUAAAGAACAACUUCGUGCUGAUCUAUGAGCUGCUGGAUGAAAUCCUGGAUUUUGGCUAUCCUCAGAACUCUGAAACAGGGGCUCUGAAGACCUUCAUCACUCAGCAAGGCAUCAAGAGUCAGCAUCAGACUAAGGAAGAGCAGUCCCAGAUCACCAGCCAGGUGACUGGACAGAUUGGGUGGAGACGUGAAGGGAUCAAAUAUCGUCGCAAUGAACUCUUCCUUGAUGUGCUGGAGAGUGUGAAUCUCUUGAUGUCCCCCCAAGGUCAGGUUUUGAGUGCCCAUGUGUCUGGCAGAGUGGUGAUGAAGAGUUAUCUGAGUGGAAUGCCAGAGUGCAAGUUUGGCAUGAAUGACAAGAUUGUCAUUGAAAAACAGGGCAAAGGGACUGCGGAUGAAACGGGGAAAAGUGAAUUGGGAAGCGGCAAACAGUCAAUCGCCAUCGAUGACUGCACUUUCCACCAGUGUGUGAGGCUCAGCAAGUUUGAUUCUGAGAGGAGCAUCAGCUUCAUUCCACCAGAUGGAGAGUUUGAGCUCAUGAGAUACCGAACCACUAAGGACAUCAUCCUUCCCUUCCGUGUGAUCCCCCUGGUGCGGGAGGUGGGUCGGACCAAACUGGAAGUGAAGGUGGUGAUCAAAUCAAAUUUCAAACCUUCGUUGCUGGCCCAGAAGAUAGAGGUCCGGAUCCCAACACCCCUCAAUACCAGUGGAGUGCAAGUUAUCUGCAUGAAAGGGAAGGCAAAGUACAAGGCUAGUGAGAAUGCCAUUGUGUGGAAGAUAAAACGAAUGGCUGGAAUGAAGGAAUCCCAGAUCAGUGCAGAGAUUGAGCUGUUGCCCACCAAUGACAAGAAGAAGUGGGCUCGGCCCCCAAUCUCCAUGAACUUCGAGGUCCCAUUUGCGCCCUCUGGGCUGAAGGUGCGUUAUCUGAAAGUCUUUGAGCCAAAGCUGAACUACAGUGACCACGAUGUGAUAAAAUGGGUGAGGUACAUUGGCAGGAGUGGGAUCUAUGAGACCAGGUGCUAGCCCCAGCGGGCUGGCAGGCUCCCUCUUCUCCAAGCCAUCCUCCACGUCUCCUCAGUCUUCAAGUACAUUCAGAGAACAUCUGCCUGGCCCCUCUACACAGAUCGACAGACCCUGUGGCUCACCUGGGAGCAGACUCUCCUGCCUGUGCUCAGUUACCACCCGCGCCGCAGCUGAAGUUCAGAAUCAGGUUAUGUGCAGGGGUGCAGUCAGCCUCCUGCUCCCUGUCCCAGGGUGGGGAAGGGCUAGUCUAACUCCCAUCCUCUCGUGAUCUUUCUAGGGAACGUCCACCAUUAAACUACUCUUCUGUUGGUGUCUCACUACUUGCAUCAUAUCCUAGUAUUUUUGAAGUUCUUGUGCAUAUGUACUCGUAGAAUAGACCUAAACAUAGACUGGACAAAUCUGAGUUGAAGUUACCCUGGCUUCUGUACUAGCUAUUGCUGUUGUGGUAGAUGUUGCUGGCCAGUCUGGGAUGCCUGAGGUGGUGAGUUUGUUGGGCUUCUGCCAGAGGAGGUGGUGGGCUCCCUGGAUCUUGCCGCCUUCUUAUUUCUUGCAAAGUCUUCAGUAUAGAGUCCUGCUUUGGGAAGGUUUGUGACCAAAAAAGGAUGAGGGUUUAGACUCUUGCUGGUGUGUAUGUGGGUGGCACAGCAUUUCAGGUCCAUAGAGCACUUAACCCAACCCGCUGCUGGCUUGAGCCAGUUGUUCCUUUCCAACUGAAUUGGAAAUAAGGCCGCCUCCAUCCCAGGGAGCGUGGGUCAGCUGAGCUCUGUCAGGAUGUGAACAGGGUCUGUCCUCUGGAAUCUAAAAUGCAACUGGCACUAAGAGCCCCCUGCCCCAGCCUGCCCUCUCUGCACUUCUACCAAAUGCUUCUGGGCCAUAGGAAUGCUGCUGCUACCCACAAUCCCGCUUCUGGUAGUGUGGUCUCCAUUUUGUACACUUUGUGAUUUGUCCAGCUCUGAAUCUAAUAAAGUAUGUAGAACGGAGAA